CAGCAUUCGCCCACCGCUUGUUGGAUGUGCGCCACGCUCCUACAGUCCUGCAGCAUUUUGUUUAGCGAGGAAUUUUACGAGUUGCUCUUCUUACCAUUACAGACUAAGUAGGUGGUACAACGAGUGUUGAGCAAUUCUUUUGCUUGGUACAUACUAAUGACACCCAAGCACUAUUCUAAUGACACCCGCCCUCCUUAAUCAACCGGUACAAACCCAGUUUAGUCUCUUACGGCCAAAUUAUCAGUUCCUUUACAGACAAAAUAUCCAAAAUGGGGGCCGAAACUCUACGCUCUCGUAGCUAGUACCUAGGUGGCCUUGGAUUUCUCACGAAGGAUCACUCUCCCUCCGCAUACAGAUCUUUUCCGCCCUAGCUUUCGGAUUUUGCAGUUGCCCAUAUCUCUACGAAACCCGUAUUGACGUACUUGAAGAUUCGAAUGGCUAUAGUCGAACAAUCUCUUGACUCUUUUUCUGCGAAGUAUUUCAGCGAACCUCAAAACCUCGAUUUCGCCGAAUGUCAUAGGUUUCCCAAGGUCUUCGGUAUUAGGCUUUUGAAAGAUAGCAGACAGCAAUGCUCAAUCAAGCUGCGACAGUCGCCGUCUCGGUGACAGUAAUACUAGGCUUCCUAGCCAUAGUUGCUGUCGGCCUGCGAGUGUAUUGUCGACUUUCUCAAAAGAUAUCUCUAGGGGCUGACACAUAUUGCGUUCUUGUGGCCUUAUUCAUUUCUACUGGAGUCGCCAUAUUGACCGAUUAUGUUGCAUGUACUACGGGAGUAGGAGACCAGUCAUACCAGCCCAGCAUCGAAUCAGUGGUCUUUGGCUUGAAAACCAAUCUCGCUCUAGAGAACUUCCAGAUAGCAGGAAUGGCACUCGUCAAAAUCUCCCUGCUGCUGUACUACAGCCGAAUAUUUAUAUUGAGACCCAUCCUAAUAGCUGCAAACGUGCUUAUUGCGAUCACCUCCGUUUUCGCAUUGAGCAUCAUCUUGGUGAACAUUUUCGACAAAUGGCCUGUGUCUGAACAGUGGAAUCCUCUGGCUCCAUAUACCGUCAAUGUUUCGGCACUGCUAAUUAGCUUCUGUGCUGGCAACGCGGUAUUGGAUGUCUUGACUUUGGUUCUCCCGCUCCUGACAAUCCGGAACCUUCAAAUGAAUGCCGGCCGGAAACUCGUGUUGUCAGUCAUAUUCAGUCUUGGUAGCAUCACCGUCGUUGUAACCUUUCUUCGACUAUACUAUGCCGUGGAAUAUACCAAGAAACCCGAAACAGGAAACAGUUUCUUCGAAGUUCCGUUUAUAUAUAACAUACUUAUGGCUCUCAUCGAACUACCGGUUUUCAUAAUAGCCAAUUCGAUGUUAACUUUUGGGCCACUUCUACGCUCCAAGUACGGCCCAGGCAGCCUCUUUCGUUCUCUACGGUCCCGCUUGCUUCAGAAUAGAUCUAAAUCUACUGGCUUAAGAGAAGACAACGGAAAGGUAUCAAACGGGAGUAGUGUUCCUUCUACAGAAAGUCAGAGGGGUGAUGGGAGAUGGCAUCCGUGGAGUCGUAUUAACGAACCAACUCCGACAUCUAGUCAUGUCAAUCUACGCGACUCGGAAUGGGAAAUGUCGGGGAUGAACACGCACGGGGACCAUCGGAGAGAUGAUGAGGUAGUAUAAUAAGAUAUUGCUCUUAACAUGCAGUGUUAGGGUUAUAACUUGCUUGGGCUCUAUGCAAGCUUGCAAUGUAUUAUAGUGUAUUAUAGGAAUUUUGACACACCAGUGUUGGGAAUUUCUAAAGAAAAUGAUUUGUACGUUUUCGACUGUCUGUUUCUAAGAGUAAGCCUUUAGCGAUACGUACCUAGGUACCUUCUAAACAACUUAGAAUUUACGCAUUCAUAUUCUUUA